AUGUCCACUGUGCCAUUCUUUCGAUUGAUUAUACUGCAUUUUAUUCUAUUUAGCUGCUCUUGUGCUCUCAGAUGGCCAUUUCAACCAUCGAGUCGCGCGUCCAAACGCAUCCCGGAACUCGCUGCUUCCCAAGAGUUGAAAGUCGACGAUCUCACGAUGACGGAUGUCGAGAAAAGAAUGCUCUUUCGCUCCAUAGAUACACUUUCUUCCUAUAAAACUGGCUCCGGUUGCUUCUACGAUGCGAGCAUGGACCUGAGUAAGCGGUGUGACGAGCUUGAAAGCAACCAAGAAGGUCGAGUUCUGGCGGCAAUCCGAUUCACUCUCUGCGAACUUGAAACUGCAGACUUCUUAAAGCCACCAGCCGAGUGUGAACAAUACAUUCGUCGCGACACAAGAGGAUUAAGCCACUGUGUCGAAGCACUACAUCGAAGCCCUCAGUUCUGGUCCUCUUACUCUGGCUAUCUUCGUGAGAUCCCUCAAUUAUGCACCGCCUACCGAAGAUUGCAUGAUAUCGACACUGCGAAAGGGUUGUACCACAAUGCAACGCAGGAAAAGAUAUAUCUCCUUCAUUUGCUGCAGCAAAGGGAAUUAAUAUAUCAGGAACAGCAAAGGCAACUAAUUGCUAACCUGAACAACCUCGGGGAAGUAGAGACGAAGCUGAAGCAGUCUGCCACUAUGUUUGGUAUCAAAGGAGAUACUGUGUUGUCUAAUUUCGAGACGAUGCUUCAUCAGGCGAAAAGACAUGUUUUCGAUCUUCACUCUCAGCUAUCGACGACCAUCACCGAGCAGACUCGUAUACACGGGGACCAGCUCUCACGGCUCGUGAGAAGAACAGAGAAUGAGCACGAGGCGGUGCUUCAUACACUCCUUCACGACACCUCAACGGCUAUUGGGACAAUCGUCAAAGCCCUUCAUGAUAUAUCCGAUAAAUCUGAUAUGCUUGCUCUUUCCAUGGAAACGACACAAGGCGAAUGGCGAAAGCUUGAUGAAAGUACGAUGACCCUUGGGAACGUGAUAGUGUCUCUCACAAAUACUGUCGAGCAGGUCUCACAUGAUUUAGAGAGACAAUCUGUAAUGGUCCAUGAGAUGACUGUGCAUCAAGAGAACUUCUCUAAGUACAUGCAUGGAAUAGAGAUGGCGAUGUCCCAAAUGAUGACGGUCAUCUACGGUCACAUCGAGAAUGUCACCCAUGCAUCUACAGCAGCUCAACUUCGUCUCUCACAAAACAAGCAUGGAGGCUUGAAUCUACGCCUUGUUCUCGAAGCUGCCCAACUUAUCUGGAUGUCGGAUUGGAGCGAGUAG